AUGAAAAUUUCUUUUGUAGCUCUACUGCGGAAUCCACCUCCGAUCAUUAUUUACGGGCACGCUAAUCAAACGUUCACAGUUGGUUCGUCCGCUUUCCUUCCAUGUCAAGCUAAAGGGAAUACAACACCACAUAUUGACUGGUUCAAGGAUGGUCAAAUGAUUCAACUAGAUGACCCGGAAGUUAAAUCAAGAUUCAACCAGUCAGCCACUGGUUCAUUAAGGCUUUCUGAAUUGAGGAGGUCGGAUACGGGUAUUUACACCUGUAGAGCAAAGAAUGCAGACGGUGAAACUACAUGGACAGCUUCUCUUGUUGUUGAAGAUCACAAAAACGCGGCUGUCACGUUUAGCAGGAUGUCAGAUACUGUGACUUUCCCAUCCGCUCCUGGAAAACCUGUCAUUGGCAAUGUUAGUGAGGAUAUGGUUUGUCUAGAGUGGCUUCCACCUGAGCAGCGUGGAGCAUCGUUAAUUACUGGAUACAUGAUGCAAUACUUCAGUCCUGAGCAAGGCCAGGCAUGA